CAUUUCCCUUUCUUUCUUCAUUCAACACUCUCAAAUUCUUCUCUCUCUCUUCUCUCUAACAACUUUCUCUCUCUACAAACUCUAAUGGCAGCACUAUCAACCAUGAACUUGAACAUGAUCGAUUCUACAUUCGAGGUUGAUAAGCUCACCUACGAAAUCUUCUCCAUCUUGGAGAACAAGUUCCUCUUCGGUUACGACACCGACACCGCCAACAAUUCUGUUAUCAAUUCAGCUCAAUUCUCGCCCAUUCACACCAAGCCGCCCAAGAUUUCCGCCGGAAACACCGCCGGGAAAGUUAGGAUCCUCUGCAUUGAUGGAACCGGAGCCACCGACGGCAUCCUCGCCGCGAAAUCCCUCGCGGAACUUGAGUCCUGCCUCCGUCGCAAGUCCGGCAACCCUAACGCUCGCGUCGCCGGCUAUUUCGACGCUGUUGCUGGCACCGGCGUCGGUGGCGUCCUCGCUGCUCUGCUUUUCACUCGCGGGAAAGACGGACUUCCGAUGUUCACCGCCGACGAGGCGUUGAAGUUCAUGAUCGACAAUCGCCGGCGGAUCUCGAGGUCGUCGACGGGGAUUCUCCGGCGAGUUCUCCGACACGAUGCGGCGGCGACGAAGGCGGAGAAGCUUUUCAGGAAGACGUUUGGCGAGUGCACGUUGAAGGACACGGUGAAACCCGUGUUGAUACCAUGCUACGACCUCGUCACGCGCGCGCCGUUCGUUUUCUCCCGCGCCGACGCGCUCGAAAUGGACGGCUACGAUUUCAAGAUGCGCGACGUGUGCGCUGCCACGUCAGCGGACCCUGGUUGUGUGGGUCCCGUUGAGAUGAGGUCGAUUGACGGGAGGACGAAGAUCGUGGCCGUUGACGGUGGCGUUGCCAUGAACAAUCCAACGGCCGCAGCCAUCACGCACGUGCUCAAUAACAAGCACGAGUUCCCGUUCUGUAACGGCGUCUCUGACCUCCUCGUCCUCUCUCUCGGUAAUGGAGAGACCGACUUUAACUCCGUUAAGUCUCCGUCUGGAUUUGUUAGGAUCGCCGGUGAAGGAGCUUCCGAUAUGGUUGAUCAAGCUGUAUCAAUGGCAUUUGGAGAGUGUGAGAAGAACAACUAUGUGAGGAUUCAGUCAAACAAAGUGAUGUCAAAGUCCAAACAGGGAAAAACGACGCCGGAUCUGUUGUCGGUUUCGGAGGAUAUGUUGGGACAGAAGAACGUUGAGUCUGUUUUGUUCAAAGGGAAGAAGGUUGUGGAGAACACAAACAUGGACAAGUUGGAGUUGUUUGGGGGAGACUUGAUUAAGGAACAAGAGAGGAGAAAAACUGGCAUCUUGCCUACGGUGGUUUUGAAGAACUCAUCACCCUCUCCUAGGACUUCAUCUGCUACAACCUUGUCCACUUUAUCCUCAUCAACCUGUUAAUUAAAUAUUAGGCAGCCAAAAAAAGCCAACAUUAGGAUGAAGAAAUCCGAAAUUAGGUUUAAUUAAUUAUGAGGUUGGAUUUUUCUUGUGAGCUUGAAAGUGCUUUUGUGGUUAAUUAAUUAUGGGUUAGCUGCCGCUUAGGACCAAAAUAUUAAAGGUAAAUUGAGUCUGAGCUGUGCAGAACUGAAUCCUCCACAUUAUUUUCCUAUAUAUUUUUUUAAUUGUUUAGAUUUUGGGUAUAUAUGUUAUGUGUAUUUUAGUGAUAGUGAUUUGUGUAUAGUGGUUAUUAUUGUUAAGAAAGGAUGAAUUUUGUCUAAGUUACCUUAGAUUUUGUGGGAUUGAGUUGUGACUUGUGAGAAUUAGGUUUGUACCGUUUUGGGUGAGAAAUGUUGAUAUUAGUAUUGUGACUGAAUGCAAUUAAUUGCAAAGAUUGAUUUGGGAGAUUAUUCAUUUCGAGAUAAAGUGAUACACUACUUUUUUCCCUGUG